CUCCCUCAGAACCCCCUCGGGACGGGCGGCCCGGAGGGGUGGCACCGCCGGGGCAUUGCUGAUACGGCUGUGCUGCUCUCACUGUGAGUUUGCCCUUGCCGAGAACGUAGGAGGAGAGGCCAGGUCUGUUCCUGCUGUCCGCUCUGGGCUGUAUGAAAAAUUAUAGCCAGGUCACACUGACUGGUUGCUCAAAGGCCUUGCGGAAAAACCUGCUGCAAGGAGGACUGUCCAAUUAGCAUCAGAGCCAGGAGAAGAAAAAUAUCCUCACAGCGAGAGCACUGUCAGGCAUAAAGCUGCUUGGGGGUCACCAGCCCAAGUAUAGGAUGAUUUAGAAAGUGCAUUAGUGUUGCUGGUUAGUGCAAACAUCAUAAGAUGCUCAGCUGACUCUCUCCCUCUUCCACCAGUCUUGGAGCUGAAAGGUUUUUUCCAAUCCAUGUGAUACCACUCAACUGAAUGUCUUUGAGGUAGAGAAAAUUUUCUUGAAAGUUCUUCAGAGUCCUGGCAAUCUGUGUCCAGUAAUGUCACCAUCUCUAAACGAACUUGACUGAUGCUUCAAGAGCAUAGGAUCUCCCCUGAGAACUCCAAAGGAAUUUUUAAUGUGCAUUUCCAUUCAAUCAGCUGAGGUUUUCCAGGUGCUUUCAGUGAUGCUGGGAGACGACAACAAGUCCUGAAACCUCUAAAUUUGCUACUGAAUAACUCCAAGUUCAGGGAAAGAAAUUCAAGCUUAAAAGUAGUGAAGCACUUGAAGAUAGAGCUUCCGCUGGCUUCUGUGACUAAGAUGAAAGAUGACAUCUAAGGAUGCUUCAGGUGAAGCUAAUAAUAACUGGAGAUGACUUUGGCUAUUGUCCUCGGAGAAACCAAGGCAUCGUGGACUGUUUCCUGGCCGGUGCGAUAUCUAACGUGUCCCUUCUAGUCAACGGAAGUGCUGCAGCAGAUGCAGCCAAGCUGGCAAAGAGAUACAGCAUCCCAAUAGGCCUUCAUGCCAACCUUUCUGAGGGCUCCCCUGUGUGUGAGGUACUCAAGACAAACUCCUCUCUGCUCAACCAAGAUGGAUUCUUCCAUGGAAAAAUGGGAUUCAGAACAGCUCUAUCAAGAGGUCUCCUGAAUAUGUCAGAGGUGAAGCAGGAGCUAAAGGCCCAGGUGGAGCUGUUCCGUGAGCUGACAGGUCACCUACCUCCUCACAUGGAUGGGCACCAGCACGUCCACGUUCUCCCAGAGGUCAGGCACGUGUUUGCAGAGGUGUUAGAGGAAUAUGGGAUUAAGUACACACGUGUCCCAGUAGAGCCAGGCCUUCAUAACUGUGACUGGAUUCCACGAGCUCUGAUGGACUUUUAUCUGGGAGUAGAAGAAGAUUCUUUUAACACAGUGGAUGUGUUUACAAAGCAUGGAAUAAGGUGGCCUGACAUUUAUAUAGGCCUGAGCACCAUGGGCAAGAACAUGUCUGUGAGCAGCAUCUGGAGCGCCAUCAACUCUGCCAUCCUGGAGGUCACAUCCAGUGUGCCCUCGCCUGCACACUCAGCACUGCAGAGCAGGACAGUGACCAUUGAACUGAUGGUGCACCCGGGGUACCCCAGUGUCCCACCUAUUGGUGGCUGUGGGGAAGGACCAGAUGAUUUCUCCCAGUCCUGGGAGCGCCUCCAUGAACUCCAGACGUUAAUUAAGCCGGAGCUGCAGAGCCAUUACAAAAGCAGGAACAUUCAGCUGUGUUCAUUCAAAGAUCUUUAAAUAAAUGAGCAGACAUCCA